AUGGCGCACGUCGACACGGAAUUUAUAGCAAUCGGGGCCAACCGAAACCCCACAGCCGCAGACUGGUCCCCGUCCGGCCUGCUCGCAUUCGGUGCAGGACGUUGCAUUGCGCUCUGGAACCCUUUGGACCUAUCCCACCGCGGUGUCCACGCAACUCUCAAAGGCCAUGCAGACCGCGUAAACGUCGUCCGUUUCCUCUCAUCCCAGCCACAAGAUGCCGAUAUCCUCCUCACGGGAUCUGUUGAUAAGACUGUCCGUGUGUGGACGCCUACCCCGGACGGUUUCAAAUGUGCAUGGGCCAGUACCGACGUUCACAAGGGUUCCAUAAACGCCAUUGCGACAUGCGCCGCCAACCCCAACAUCUUUGCUUCUGCUGACGCCUCAGGAACUAUUGCCGUCUUUUCGAUCUCCAUCUCAGGAGAUGGGGCACAAGUAAUACGUUUACAGUCUUUUAGUACAGCGCCAAAAUUCUACCCCUUAACCUUGGCUCUGUCAACGCUUCCCUCGUCGCCCACAGCUCUACUCCUCGCUGUUGCUGGGUCUGCAUCAUCAAUAUCGCUCUACAUAGCACCUUCUGCCUCGGAGAAGUUUACACCACAAGCUACUCUCUCAGGUCAUGAGAACUGGAUCCGUUCUCUCACCUUCACUCCAGAGUCGCCCAACGGCGAAGGAGACCUUAUUCUUGCCUCUGCAUCGCAGGAUAAAUAUAUCCGACUCUGGAGAGUUCAUGCUGGUGAGGCACUCCCACCGGCCACGGCAAACGACGAGACAAAAACGUAUGGACUCUCAAACAGACUUUCAAACAAAGCGCACAAACUGCGAACCGAUGGCGGAGGUGUGUGGAGUGUGACGUUUGAGGCCUUGCUCAUGGGGCACGAGGAUUGGAUUUACACCACCUCUUGGAGGCCAGCUGGUAAUGGCCUGCAGCUUCUAAGUGCUUCUGCGGACUCAUCGCUGUCAAUAUGGACACCGGAGCCUGAGAGUGGGAUCUGGUUGACGACGAGUCGGCUCGGAGAGAUCAGUGACACAAAGGGUGCUAGUACGGCAACGGGCAGUGUUGGAGGCCUAUGGACAGGGCUAUGGUCACCUUCAGGAAAUACCGUUGCCGCGUUUGGAAAGACUGGUAGUUGGCGACUGUGGCACCAUGAUGAGAGCUCCGGCCGAUGGCUCCAGGGUGUCGGUAUCAGUGGGCAUGUUAAGGAAGCAAUGGGUGUAUCGUGGGGUAAAGGUGGUGGGUACUUACUAAGCACUGGGUUAGACCAGACCACAAGGCUAUUCUCGAAAUGGGCUCGUGACAAUCAGACAAGUUGGCAUGAGUUCGCAAGGCCCCAGAUCCACGGAUACGAUAUCAACGCUAUUAUAGAUUUGGGCAAGGGUAGGUUUAUUAGUGGAGCUGAGGAGAAGUUAUUGCGGGUCUUUGAUGAGCCAAAGGGAGUUGCUGGAAUGUUGGAGAGGAUGUGCGGGUUGAAGGAGGAGUCCUUGGACUCAAUGCCCGACGCGGCGAACGUCCCCGUUCUUGGUCUUUCCAACAAGGCCAUCGAAGAUGACGCUCCCCCAACAGACCUUGCAACUACUGAUCCAGAUGCCCUCCCCGCCUCUGUUCCCGAAGAAUCUGGGGCAGCUCCAUCGUCUAGUCUCCUGGACCGUCUCAAUCAUCCACCGCUUGAGGACCAUCUCUGCCGUCACACUCUCUGGCCUGAACACGAGAAACUCUAUGGCCACGGUUACGAGAUCUCCGCUGUCGCUGCUUCUGAUGACGGAACUGUUGUGGCAACAGCCUGCAAGGCUAGCACAGGUGAACACGCCGUAAUCCGCCUUUACGAAACAGCACAAUGGCGAGAGGUGAAGCCAUCAUUGGCAGCGCAUGUCCUCACUGUCACGUCACUUGCAUUCGCUCCCGGUGGACGUAAACUAUUGAGUGUAGGCAGAGACCGCACAUGGGCUGUAUUUGAAAACACCGGUGGCAGCGGAUUUGACGGCGACUGGAAGCUAGUCGAAAGAAAAGAAAAGGGGCACGCAAGGAUGAUACUGGAUGGUAAAUGGGCACCUGUGGAGGAUAUAUUUGCCACUGGCGGACGUGAUAAGAUUGUGCGUGUUUGGUGCCGCCGUGAGGGAGGAUGGGAGUGCACCGCUACCCUUAAAUUUGAGGUUCCUAUUACUGCAGUUGAUUUCUAUGGCACCGUGGUGGGCGGUAAAUGUGUUCUAGCUGUAGGUCUAGAAGACGGAGGGUUGGAGGUCUAUAAAGUUGGCGCCGGAGGAGAGUGCACAGAAGCAGACAAAGUGCUAUUCGACCAGAGGGUUACUCCGGAUAAGGCGGUGACACAAAUCACAUGGUGUCCCAGUGAGGUUGAUAAUGGGAAGUUGCAGAUGGCCGUGACGAGCGAAGAUGGGAGUGUUAGGAUUUACGGACUUGCAUUAGUGAUAUGA